CGUAAACAAAAGCUUAAUAUAAAACAUUUAAAAAAAAAAAAUGCAUUCAGUCACUCUGGACAGCAGUGGUUCGCCCAAGAAGCGGACGUUAUCUCGGGGAGUUAGCGAGGACGAGUCCCUCCGCAGCCUUAUUAAAGAGAGCGAGACUGCAUCCAGGCGUCCGGCACGAAGCGACAGCCGAACAGGAACCCUGAAAAGGAGGACUGACAGUCAGUCUGAGCAGGACCUCUUCAUGGGACUUCCAGAGAUGCUGGAGCUGCAGGCCAGCUAUGACGAGGUGGUGCAGGAGCUGCGUGGGCUGGAGGUCGAGCGAGAGGCUCUGUUGUUCCAGGUGGACGUCCUGCAGGACACGCUGGAGGGUGUAGAGGAGCUGCUGGCGGAGGCCCAGAGGGAAGCUGGACAGGCUAGUUUGGAGUUGGAGCGAGAGAGGCAGGACAAGAGGAAACUGGAGAGCAUGGUGUGCUCUCUGAUGCAAGAGGUGGAGAGAUUAAGAGAGGAAAGGAACAACAAACCAACAAACACACAUGAAAGUGUGGACGAUGUAACAAGACAGGGACACCAAAUGAAAAAUGCCACAUGCAGAGAAGAACAAGAUUUGUCGAUGUGUGAAAGCAGAGGCAAAGUGUCAGAGAAAGUGGGACAGAGUGAAGAGGAAGAAGGAGGCGUCCUGACGAAGCUGCGGAAGAUCGUCAGUAAGCCCCUGAACCAAGUGCCCUCUCUUGCACUAGACAACCCACUCUCUGAAGAUGGGGUCCUGCGGAGGCCUUACGAAAACUGUGUCAAGGACGGACGAGAUCCUUCUCCGGACAGGAACGACUCAGACAGCAUAAGUGCCUACGAAGAUGCAUCUGCUGAGACUCCAGAGCAGGACAGGCUGUUUGCAGGUGACGCAGACAGUUUGGAGCUGCCGCAUGAUUCGGAGAAUAAAGAGAAAAGUUCAGCUAACAAUGGCCAGGUCAACAAUGGUGAGAGCCAGGAUCCCAAAAACCCAGAAGGUUGUGUUGUGUCUUAACUAAGCUGUUUUAACUACAUGUGAGGAAAAGGUCAAAGAUGAUUAUUGAUCAUUUGGUUAAUUGCAUAGCUUUUGCAGUUUACGCGCAUCUGAUGUUUAUGUUCUUACAAAAACUUUGAGGCCACCAAAAACAUUCAAAGAUUUAGUCACAGCUAGAAGUUAAUUGAAUAGUAGAUUGAUAGAAAAAUGUUUUGUUUUAUACAUUUUCAAGCAAAAAUACCAAAAGAUAGUUUCAGCUUCUCAAAUUUGAGGAUUUUAGCCUGCUGUUGUGACACAGCAAACAACUUGACGAUGUCACUUUGGGUGCUAGGAAAUAGGAUAAUGAUUGUCAACAUUAAUUAACUUUUUAUAUGUAAAUGAUUAAUUGAGAUAAUUAUCAGCAGCUUAAUUGAUAAUGAAAUUAAUGGCUAGCUGCAGAUCUAGUUGUAAUACACUGUAGCAGAGUUUUAAGUUUCAGUUUUAAAUUCACAGCAAAGGAACUCAGGAUCCAGAUGGUUGCCUGCUGGAAUUCCACUAAUGACUACUUAAUAUUGAUUGCCAAUCAUUUCUUUUUAAUAUCUUAAAUUGUUUGAUUUUUUUUAAGUACGUGGUUUCGACAUGGAACUUACUCCAUGCUGCUUUGACUGCUUACCUCUUUGGUAAUCUUUUAAGAAGUCAGGAUUUACCUGUAGUCAAAAUAGAGUGGCGCUGAAAGUAUUCAGACUAUUGAUGUUUUGGCUACACACGUUAGAAAGUCAGGAAUUUAGAGAGGCAUGCUGAAGAUUUCAGACAUUCAGCACUGUACAAAAGGACACGUAAGACUUCAGAGGAUUAGAUCAGAUAAUCGAUGGCAGUUAAGGUUAUUAGAUACAGAUUUUUUUAAAUAAGGGACAAUGCCAACUAUUUACUGCCUUGCUUACCUUCAAAUGAACAUUUGUCUUUUUUAAUCUUUCAUAUCGGCCCUUUAUCCUGUUUUAUUUUUAAUUGAGGGGAAAGGAUUCCCGCUGCAUUAGCACUUUUUAAAAGUUCUUGUAGUGUGGCAUAAAUUUGUCAGAUUACAUUAGAAACAACAUUCCCUUUACAACCAAACACGUCGGAGAGAAACAAUCAGCUGACCUGCUGCAGGCUGUCUUCUCUUGGCAUGCAUGGUGAUACUGUAUGUUUGCACAUUUGCAGUGAAACUCGCUGAAGUUAGUGUCUUUGGAUGUCUCUGAUUGCUGUAUACAGUUUGUAUUUAAUCGCAAUUUUUAAUGUUCAUUUUUUAUAAUGUUACAAUUCUUUUUUUAUGCUUCAGGCAAGAAUAGAUCCUUUCACCUCAUUUAAGAUAGUUUGCAUGAGCACAUAAGAAUGUAUAUUGAUUUCCAAACUGCACACAAACUGAUCUGUCAUUCAUUAGUACUUUUGCACGCAGUACUUUUAAACAUAUAUUAAACAAUACUUUAAUCAAAGUUAUUUACUGAGGAAAUUUGUUUUCAAGGGACUUUUAAUUGUAGCUUUCUGUGCCACUCUGUCGUUACAUGUUUUAAAGAAGGAUCUUUAAGCUAAAUCAACUAUUUCAGUUUUGAGGGAACAUAUCAUGUGACACUAACCUUUUCUCAAAAUGAAAAUAAGAUUUGACAACUAAAUGGACCUAUUUGAAUACAUGUAUUGGUUAUUUCCUAUUUAGGGGUUUAAGGCAACAUAUUAAUGUUUGUUCAGACUUAUUUGUCUUUGAUCACACUGUCCUCCUGUUUCAAUGUCAUGCUGGCUCACAUGCAAAUAAUUUCUUAUCUGGUGUUUGUCAUUGAUGCACAAGCAGUUCACAUGACAUGCUUACUGUAGUACUGCUACUUUUGUGCUGUUACUGUAGUACUGCUACUGUAGUAUUAUUACUGUAGUACUGCUACUUUAGUGCUGUUACUGUCUCUCCUGCUGUGUGGUACUGUGGUCAGUACAAUCAGGUCAUUUCUACAUGGCACAAUCAGUUGUUUACAUUGUUGUCAUCAACAUUUCUUUAUAGUUUCUGGUCAGGUCAAAGGGUUUGGUUUGUUGUAACAAGCCAGUAAAGUUAUGACAGUCUUUGACAUCAAAAGUUUAAACAAUUAAACAUCAAAUUUGAGAGCACAUCCGUGACUUAUUGAGCAAUUUGAUUGUUGUUCUGUUUCAUUUUCACACAACAAUGCAAAAAAUAUGUUCAUACUGUAAUCUGGUGCAUUUUAUGGGUCUUAGACUUUUUGACUUGUCCUGAGCUUUGUAUUAAAUUUUCAGAUGUAACAGUAAAUUACAUGAAUUUAUACUUGUAACUGAAAAUACAUUCCAGACAUAUCAAAUAAAAGGGGUGACUAUUA